UAAUUUUUUAUUGUUUGCAUUGUUAUUAACUGGCGUGAUGGGUGACGACAAAGGGUGACUUUCAGUUUGCGGCCGCCGAUGGUUCUACUAUUUUUAACCCACCCGGUUUCACCAGUUGAAGCAGGGAUAAAGAGAGAGAGGGCGACAGAAAAGGCAAAAACAACGAAACACACAUCCCUUCAUGCUUCCGAUGCUUGAGCAAGCGAUACCACGGAAGAGGCGCUGGUACGGAAUGAUAGUUUUCCCAUGCCCUUCACCGGAUUUUGCUUAUCGGACCUUGUAAAAUGCUGGCGAUUGGGUUUGCCGAGAAAACGUUGUUCCGCCUGAACACCACGCUCUUUUUUUUGCUAGCCUACAUGAACACUUAUCAGCGUCUGUGAGCACUCUGGUUCCAUCUCUGUCCCGGUCCCGGCAAGAGACAAGUGAUGCUGUAUUAUUUGAUCAUUUGCUUAUCGCGUCACGAUGGUAUUAAAUUUCCCGACACGUUUUUUUGCUUUGCUCGUACUAAUGUGCUGCGAGGGAAAAAAUAGACACUCACACAUAAUAAUCAUCCCCUUUUCGGUCAGCAUGCGGUAGAAACGUAGGCGCGAGAGCCUUCUAACGAGAUAAGCAGGUACGGUGGUACGGUGGAGCCUGAUGAACUGUAACGUGCAGUAGUUACACGGGAAGGGGAGGAUAAAUUACAACCUACCGAUGCAUACAAACCCCUGCACACGCAACACGUUUGUGCAACGUCAUGUUUUGGCCGGAGCACAGGAAGAAUGGGUCUCGGGAAGUGAUCAAAUAUUUGCGUCAUGUGUACCGUGUUGAGCCUGCUUGUUGACACAGUGAUAGGGGCCCGAUAGUGAUAGCCCGGUCACAGAGGAAAGUCACAGUGUGCCGCUCCAGCAGUGUGUGUCCAUCGGCAGUAGGCGAGAGAGAGCUAUCUGUGGAAAGAGUAAUUACAUCAAAUGGAUGUAUUUGAUUCAUUGGCAGUGUCGCUUUUUCUUUUUAUUUGAAAUGUUCUGUGUACUUUUACAUCUUAUCAGCGCGGGGAAACCUUUGACGCGAGCAAAACACCGGAACCGUUGAAGGACAGUUUUGGGACGCUCUUUACAGUACUGUGUGUGUGUGUGUGUUUUUUGCAACAAAAACACUUCCCACCUUUAUUUUUGCACUGUUUCACUGUACAAGAUUGAAUAUUCAAGUGCAAACAAUGUAAUUGCCAUUCAUACGCGUGCCGAGGGUGCUUAUCUCGCAAUAUGCAACGCAAUGUCCUUCGGCCGUGGAUAAGCUCACGCUCACGUGGAGAGCGCAGUGAGGCGACCAGUACGGCGUACAAUCAAGCGACGGGCAGCAAAGUAGGCAGAGCGAAAAUGACACAGCACGGUGAUUUAAACAGACGGUUAAAAGAUGACGUUUGAUAAUGAUCCAGCAGUUUGCCCCGCGGGCCGACCGUAUGCAGCGCCGGGUGACGUGGUUUUUAAUGGCCCUUUCCUCAUAUGCAAAGACAACCGGAGGUGUUUACGCGCCAAACCGGAAAAGGAAUGUGCUGGCUUCUUCCAAAACCUCCGCCAUCAAUAUCUUAAACGGAACAUACACACUUAAACAGCAUUGUUUACGAGGCAGCUAAGAAGCACCUUCGAUAAGGCAGACGGGAGCUCCCAGCCGACGCAAGACGAGGCGCGUACGCCGUUGUUUUUAGUUUGAAAUGAUUUAAACAUCACACGCCACGCUACCACCUGGCUCAAUUGCAUUCCGGUAUUGGGAGCGUUCGGUGAGGCUGCUGCCCUUGAGAUAGUGCCACCGUCCUGUCACCCGAUAUGGAUGGUAUCAGCAUUUUCCCGCGAUAAUGUUGCUAUCAACUCUGUUGAUGGGGCGCCCCAUGUCGUGUGACUUAUUUUUAGGAUCCCCAGUGAUAGGGCUUUAUAUUUAAUACACAUUUUGAUUUUUACGAUUGCAGCACCAAAGUACGGCGCUCUCCAAGCAGCAAGGCGCCGCCCGGGUAUCAGUGCCGCAGUGAUCAUUGCUGGGUGUAGUAUUUUAUUACCAUCGUUGUGUGUCUCGUACGUGAGUGUGUGUGAGCUUAAUUUUAGUGUGACUGCUCUUACCGGUUAAUGUGUGUGCCAAACGAUCGUAGUCAGUGUACCGUGCCCGACCGUGCUAUGAAGCUGUUUGGAAAACGUUCAAUUACGCGGAAAAAUUCUUAACGUUUGUGCAAACCAACAAAAAAGAGAAGAAGAAGAAGAAGAAGAAAAUAGUACAAGUGAAAGUGUGAAAAGCCCGCCAAUACCAGGAUGGAAGCGAUCACAAGAAAGCUGCCCCCGAACCCGCGACAAAAUGCUAGCAUCCUGUCCGCGCUGACCUUCUGGUGGACGAUCGAUCUGUUCCGGAAAGGGUACAGCAAGGUGCUGGAGCUGCAGGAUCUGUUUCGCCCGCUAGAUGUCGAUCGGUCCGACGUGCUCGGCGAUCGGUUGGAAAAAAAAUGGUUCGAACAGCAGGCCGGCCCUGGCCGACCGUCGCUGGUGAAAGCGAUUUUCAAGACGUUCUGGCGCGAGUACGGUGUGCUCGGGUUCAUCACCAUCAUCAACGAUAUCGUGAUCCGGCUGGCACAACCCAUCUUUCUCGGCUGGCUGCUGAUGUACUUCCGGAAGGACACGGAGGUAACGCGCGAAAGCGCAUUCCUGUACGCCGGUGCGAUCGUGCUGCUGAACGCGCUGAGCGUGAUCACGAUCAAUCAGUACGUGCUGGGCAGCUUCCAGAACGGUAUGAAGGUGCGGAUUGCGGUGUGCAGCGUGAUCUACCGCAAAGCGCUCCGGCUGUCCCGCACGGCCCUGGGCGAUACGGCGCCGGGGAAGGUGGUGAACCUGCUGUCGAACGACGUGAACCGGUUCGACAUUGUGUCCGUCUUUCUGCACUCGAUGUGGUCGGCACCGCUGCUCGCCAUCAUCAUCGGGGUGCUGCUGUACCUCGAGAUCGGCGUCGCCGGGCUGAUCGGCAUGAUCGUGAUCUUCAUCGUGACGCCGAUCCAAUCGUACACGGGCAAGCUGACGAGCCGGUUCCGGCUGCAGACGGCGCUCCGGACGGACGAGCGCAUCCGGCUGAUGGACGAAAUCAUCUCCGGCAUCCAGGUGAUCAAGAUGUACGCCUGGGAGCGACCGUUCGCGAAGCUGAUCCGGCACGCGCGCCAGAUGGAGCUGAAGAUCGUGCGCAAAAGUGCGUACGUGCGCGGCCUGUACAUGACGUUUCUGCUGUUCACCACCCGGACCGCGCUGUUCUGCACGAUGAUGGCGAUGGCGCUGCUCGGGGACGAGCUGACGGCGGCCCGCGUCUUCGUGGUCGCGACGUACUUCCACAUCCUGGCGAACACGAUGUCGGCGAUGUUCGUGCGCGGCAUUGCGGAGAUUGCGGAGGCGAUGGUGGCGAUGCGCCGGCUGGAGCGCUUCCUCGAGUUUGAGGAGCGCGAAACGGAGGCGCUGCCGGACGGCAAGUCCCGCCUGCUGGCCGAGUUCGGGCUGAACGGCGACGCGACCGAGAAGCAGCGGCUGAUCGAAUCGGAAACGCAGCUCCCGCCCACGAUUGCCGUCUCGCUGAAGGGUGUUACCGCGCGGUGGGGUGCCGUCCGCCGGCAGGAAGACUUUCCGCGCAAGGCGGGUGCCAAGCAAGCGAACGGCAAGCUACAGCAGGACGGGCAGGGAGCGCCGGACGAACUGCCACCGGUAACGCUGUCCAACCUGAACAUUGACUUCCGCAAGGGACUGCUGAUCGGUGUGAUCGGGCCGGUCGGUUCGGGAAAAUCGUCCCUGCUGCAGGCGAUCCUGCGCGAGCUGCCGCUGGAGUCGGGCAGCGUGGUAGCGCAGGGCCGGUUCGCGUACGUCAGCCAGGAGCCGUGGGUGUUUUCCGGCACGGUGCGGCAGAACAUUCUGUUCGGCCAGCCGAUGGAGAAGGAGCGUUACGAGGCGGUCGUGCGGGCCUGUGCGCUGGUGACGGACUUUGAGCAGCUGCCCGACGGCGACCGGACGAUGAUUGGCGAGCGGGGGGCGGCCCUGUCUGGUGGGCAAAAGGCACGCAUCAGCUUGGCCCGGGCGGUGUACCGGCGGGCGGACGUGUACCUGCUGGACGAUCCGCUCAGCGCGGUGGACGCGCACGUCGGGCGCCAUCUGUUCGAUCUGUGUCUGGGGCCGCAGGGACGGCUCGGGACGCUGCGGGCGACGCGCAUCCUCGUCACGCACCAGGUGCACUUCCUCAAGGAGGCGGACUGGGUGGUGGUGCUGAACGAGGGCCGGGUGCAGGCGCAGGGCACGCCGCACGAUCUGGUGCAGAGUGGGAUCGACUUUGUGGAGCUGGUCGAACGGAAGGAGGUUGAGGGCAGCGAGCUGGAGGGUGGUGGUGGUGGUGAUGGGGAUGGUUCGGUUGGAGGGGGCGAUCGGCGAAGCCGGCGGGAUUCGCGUGCUUCCGCCCGUUCGGGUGGUUCGUCCGUGCAUGCCGAUGUAAGCGAUGAGGAGGAGCGUGACCUGGCGGCCGACGCACCGGUCCAGAGCAACAUGGAGGGGACGUCCCGGGGGAAGGUGCAGGGUUCGCUGCUGCUGAGCUAUCUGGGCAGCGGGGCAAACGGGCUGAUAAUGUGCGGACUGUUGGCACUGUUUCUAGCGACGCAGCUCGCGGCGAGUGGAGCCGACUAUUGGGUUGCCUUCUGGACUUCACAGGAAGAGCAGCGACUGUUCCGAGCGGCACACAACUUGUCCGCCGGCCCGGAAGCGGCCACCGACGAGCUGCCGCCACUGCUCAGCACGGAAACCUGCAUGGCCAUCCAUGGUGCGCUGGUGGGCAGCAUCUUUCUCAUCGCCAUCACCAGAUCGAUCAGCUUCUAUCAGACCUCCGUGCGGGCGUCGCAAAACCUGCACGAUGCCAUGUUUGCCGGCUGCGUGUCCACCACGAUGCGCUUCUACGACACGAACCCGUCCGGUCGCAUCCUGAACCGCUUCUCCAAGGACAUGGGCUCGGUGGACGAGCUGCUGCCGAAAGCGAUGCUCGACGCGUCGCAAAUCAUUCUCAGCCUGUGCGGUACGCUGGUCGUGACGGUGCUCGUCAACCCACUGUUUCUCGUACCGCUAGCCCUGCUCGGCGUCGUGUUCUGGUUCGUGCGCCGGAUCUAUCUGAAAACGUCGAAAAACAUCAAGCGGCUGGAGGGCAUUACGCGCUCGCCCGUCUUCUCGCACCUGUCGGCGUCGCUGGCCGGGCUGCCGACGAUACGGGCGUUCGGUGCGCAGGGCGAGCUGAUCCGCGAGUUCGACGCCCAUCAGGACAUACACACGGCCUCGUUCUACAUGUUCAUCACCGCCAGCACGGCGUUCGGCUUUGCGCUCGAUCUGCUCUGUCUGAUCUUUGUGUUUAUCGUGGUGUUUAGCUUCCUGCUGGUCGAGCAGGACACGUUCGGCGAUCGGGUGGGGCUGGCGAUCACGCAAGCGAUGGCGCUGACCGGCAUGAUGCAGUGGGGCAUCCGGCAGAGUGCCGAGGUCGCUAACUUUAUGAUGUCGGUCGAGCGGCUGCUGGAGUACCGGGAUCUAGCACCCGAGCGGCAGCCGGAGCGACCGCGCGCACUGAACGCGGGCUGGCCCGCGGAGGGUCGGAUCGAGUUCCGCAGCGUCACGUACCGGUACUUCGAGGGAGCGCAGGCCGUACUGCGCGAUCUGUCGUUUGAGAUACGGCCGCGCGAAAAGGUCGGCAUCGUGGGGCGCACCGGGGCGGGUAAAUCGUCCCUGAUUGGGGCGCUGUUCCGGCUGGCACAGGUCGAGGGCGAGAUACGGCUGGACGGGAUCGAUACGGCGGACAUCACGCUCGAGCAGCUCCGCUCGAAGGUGUCGAUCAUACCGCAGGAUCCGGUCCUGUUUUCGGGCACGCUGCGCCGCAAUCUCGACCCGUUCGAGGACUACCCGGACGCGGAGCUGUGGGGUGCGCUGGAGCAGGUGGAGCUGAAGGAGCUGGCCAACACGCCGGCCGGGCUGCAGAUGGCGGUGGCGGCCGGUGGUUCCAACUUUAGCGUCGGCCAGCGGCAGCUGAUCUGUCUCGCGCGUGCCAUCCUGCGCAACAACCGCAUCCUGGUGCUGGACGAAGCGACCGCCAAUGUUGAUCCAAACACGGAUCGGUUAAUACAGGAAACGAUACGGCACAAGUUUGCCGACUGUACCGUGCUGACGAUCGCCCACCGGCUCAACACGAUCAUGGACUCGGACCGGGUGCUAGUGAUGGAUGCGGGCCAGGCCGUCGAGCUCGGUACGCCGCACGAGCUGCUGCAGCUGCCGAUCAGCAUCUUCCGCGACAUGGUGCUCGCGACCGGGCCGGCCGAAUCGGAACGGCUGCAGCAGAUCGCACUGCACAAGCACGAACAGCAACCGCUGGCGGCGUCUGACUAAUUCUGUGCAUUCUGUGUGUAUAGGAAUAGGAGUUAAAAAGUGUCCUUAUUAGUGGGUGAAGCGCGUGCGUGUGCUACGUGAAUCUCUCGUGCGUACGAUGCGUGUACGCGGGCGGACGUUUGAGCGCGUAAGGAUACACCAACUGCCGACUGCUGUCACUACCACCACCCUUCGUUACAACCAGUGCGUGUGUGUGCGUGUGUCCAGUGUGUGAUAGGUGUCGUUUAGCGUACCGGAAAUGUCGAAAAUGGCGAGUACAAUUAUCGAAUGUAGUGGCGCAGGAAGGAAGGACGCGUGCCAAAAGGCGGCUACAUUUGCUUCCGGUUGUUUUUUUAACCAAGCCCCGUACAAUGUUACCCAUAUUAUUAGGUAGACGAAAGUGUAGGAUACAAAAGCCGAACAAACGUAGUUAUAUGCCUUACGAGUUAUGUAUUAGAUAUGCAUACCGUUGUUUUAAUUGUAUAACUCUACCGUAGCGUGGUAAUAGGAACGAUAAAACAGUUGAAAAAUGUUACAA